AUGGAUGCAAUCACCCUGGAAAUCAUCUUGGAGCCUCUUCCCCCACAGUUCAAGGCUCCUACACUAGAAACAUACGACGGGAGCACCGACCCCGAUGACCACCUAGAGGGUUUCAGGGCGCUCAUGAUACUAUACGRCUAUUUCGAUGCCUUGACGAGCCAAACCUUCCAGGGCAUCUUUAGGGGGGCCGCUCGCCACUGGUUCUCCAGCCUUCCUCCUCGAUCAAUCCGCUCGUGGGAGCAAUUCACAACCUUGUUCCUCUCCCGCUUCAUCAGCAGUAGACGAUGCCAGAAGAGCAUAGUCUCUCUGAUGUCGCUCAAGCAGGAGCUGGGUGAAAGCCUGCAGUCUUAUAUCGACCGAUUUAAGAGAGAAGACCUCAAAGUUCGAGACCUUGACCCUAUGGUCUCCAUUCACGCAGCCAUUAACGGACUUUGCCCCGGUUCGGCCUUCAAGUGCUCAGUUGCCAAGACCCCGCCGAAGACUAAACUCGAAUUCUUCAAGAAGGCCCAAAAAUACAUCGCGGCCGAAGAGGUUUCGGCCAGGGACGACCGAGAAAGGGUGGCCGAGUGCCAUGACAGUCCCCCAAAGAAAAAGAUGAAAGGUGGAGACCAGCGCCACCCCGGCAACCAUGGCGACAAAGACAACAAGAAGCCAUUGGCUCUGGCCUUGGCUUACAAGGACAACAUGCCACUAAACUCCACCCGCACCAAAUACUGA